GCCCAAAUUAUCUCUGGUCCACAUCUCAUCUUUUAUCAGUGGAGGGUGGAAGAAGAAGAAAAAAAAAAACAAAAGGUUGUGUGGAUGACUGCAAAGCGCUUCCCCAUCUGAGAGACUCCAGAGGACGCGAUUCUUCAAGUGUGUAUUUAUGGAAUAAAAAGCAGCUCCACCAGCCAUCAUGUCGACCAAGUCAGAUGGGAAGAAGAAGUGGGCGGCAGUCAGGGGUCGACUGGGCUCCUCUCAGGACUCCGACACCCAGCAGGAGGCCAACCUGGAGAGCGCUGAUCCAGAGCUGUGCAUCAGACUGCUGCAGGUUCCCACCGUGGUCAACUACUCCGGGCUGAAGCGUCGGCUGGAAGGCAGCGACCAGACAUGGAUGGUCCAGUUCCUGGAGUUAAGUGGGCUGGAUCUCCUCCUGGAGGCUCUGGACCGGCUCUCUGGUCGGGGAUGCUCUCGUAUAGCAGAUGCCCUUCUGCAGCUCACCUGUGUCAGCUGCGUCCGGGCAGUGAUGAACUCAUCAGCGGGGAUCCACUUCAUUAUCGAGAACGAGGGAUACAUUCGGAAGCUUUCCCAAGCUUUGGACACCUCCAACAUCAUGGUGAAGAAGCAGGUGUUUGAGCUCCUAGCAGCCCUCAGCAUGUUUUCCACAGAGGGGCAUCGCCUGGCACUAGAUGCCCUGGACCACUACAAGGGCGUGAAGACUCGGCAGUAUCGCUUCAGCGUGAUCAUGAACGAGCUGCAGGCCACGGACAACGUCCCGUACAUGGUCACGCUCCUCAGCGUCAUCAACGCUCUCAUCUUCGGGACGGAUGACCUCCGGCAGAGAGACAGGAUGAGAAAGGAGUUUAUAGGGCUUCAGUUGCUUGAUAUUCUGCCAAAGCUGAGGAGGAUGAGGAUUUGA